UCCGCUCCCUGGGGUCACCCCAACCCUUAUUUAAGUGCCCCCCAACCUUCCGGGGGGGCAUCUGGGGGGGGGGUCCCUUCCCACAGGGGACCGGUGACACCCCCCCCCCGAAACGUGCCAGCACCGGGACGAGCCUGGACCACUGGGACAAGAUGCAGGAGAGCUACGAGAGCGUCAUCUCCCUGGCUGAGGAAAUCGCCAUCAGUUGGCCACGGAUCACCGCCUUCGCCGAAUCACACCGAAGGAGGGGGUUGGUGUCCGACGAUGGGUUGUUGAGCGAGAACGAAGAGGAAGACCCACCACCGGGUGAGCUGGAGAAGGUGGACGCCGAGGGGACGCCAGCAGGAAAGCCCAAGGGGACCAGCCCCACCAGUGCGGAGGGGACAAAACCCAGUGAUGGUCCCCAAAAACCAGAGAACCAGCCCAGAAAGACAUCAGGCAAGCGACAGGGUAAAUCAGGCCACCGAGGCUUCAAGAAAUUCCCCUCCCGGAGUUUGCUCAGCCACAGCCGCUGCCACGACUGCGGCAAAGCUUUGGCUUUCGGUUCAGCCUUCAACAAACGCCGACGAGGGACCGAACGACCCCAUAAAUGCCCCGAAUGCGGGAAGUGUUUUCGGCUCAGCUCAACCCUCAUCACCCAUCAACGCCGGCACGCCGGCGAUAAACCCUACAAGUGCCCCGACUGCGGCAAGACCUUCAGCGUUGGCUCGGCGUUCAUCCAACAUCAACGGGUGCAUGCCAGCGCCGGUGCUGGCACAGCACCUUGCCAAUGCGGUGUCUGCGGGAAGAGUUUCCCGGCCAGCGCCAGUUUGGUGAAGCACCAAAAAUUACACCUGGAGGAAAAACCCUACAAAUGUGGGGAUUGUGGGAAGGGUUUCAACUGGAAUUCACAUCUGGAGCGGCAUCGCCGGAUCCACACUGGCGAAAAGCCCUACGCCUGCCCCGAAUGUGGUAAAAGCUUCAGCUGGAGCUCCCACCUCGACCGGCAUCGCCGUACCCACGCUGUCACCGGCGAACCCGCUUGCCGUUGUGCCGAUUGCGGUCGCUGUCCACCUCCUCGCAGCACUGAAGGCUCCAAAACCCCCGAGAAGCCCUUGCAGUGCGGUGAAUGCGGGAAGGGCUUCACCAAGAGCGCGGCGUUGGCCAAGCACCGGCGCGCUCAUGCCGGCGAGAAGCCCUACAAGUGCGGGGAGUGUGGGAAGGGUUUUGGCUUGAACGCCGCAUUGCUGCAGCAUCAACGGAGCCAUGCCGCUGGCAAACCCUACCAAUGCGGUGAUUGCGGUAAGAGCUUUGCCUGGAGCUCCCAUCUUGACCGGCAUCGGCGUAUCCACAUGGGUGAGAAACCCUACCGUUGCGGGGAUUGCGGGAAGAGUUUCUCCCAGAGUUCCCACUUGGAGAGGCACCAACGCGUCCACGCCAGCGCUGAGCAACCCUGCCAGUGCACUGAUUGCGGUAAGAGCUUCUUGGCCUCCAACAAGCGCCGGCGGCUGUUGACCGGCACCGGUGAACGACCCUGUAAGUGCACCGACUGUGGCAAGAGCUUUCUUUGGGGUGCCCGUGCCCGACCGGCACCGGAGAGGACCCAUAAGUGCAGCGAGUGUGGGAAGAGCUUCACUUACCGGGCAGAGAACGUCAAGCACCAAGGGACACAGACAGGGGAGAAACCCUAUACUUGCCCUGAAUGCGGGAAGAGCUUCGGGCAAAAUUCGGCAUUGGUGAAACAUCGCCGGAUGCAUACAGGAGAAAAGCCCUACAAGUGCGGGGAUUGCGGGAAAAGCUUCAGCGUCCGCUCCAACCUCAUCAAACAUCAACGGACCCACCUUGGCGAGAAGCCCUACAAGUGUCCCGAUUGCGGGAAGGGUUUCAUCCAGAAGUCGGACCUCACCAAGCACCGCCGGAUGCAUACCGGGGAGAAACCCUACAAGUGCAACGUCUGCGGUAAAUGCUUCAGCGUCUCCUCCAACCUUAUCAAGCACCAACGCAUCCACCUCGGCGAGAAGCCCUACCAAUGCUCCGAGUGUGGCAAGAGCUUCAUCCAACGGUCCGAGCUCACCAUCCACCAGCGCGUCCACACUGGCGAGAAGCCCUACAAGUGUCCCGAGUGCGGCAAGUGCUUCAGCCGUAGCUCCCACCUCAACCGUCAUCAACGCACCCACGCCGGGGACAAGCCCAAAGCCACCGCUGCCGCCGCCACCGCCACCGCUGGCAGCCCCCUGCCACCCUCCGGCGCCUUCUCCAGCACCGCCUUCUCCCCGCCGUUGGGGGGUUCGGCGGCCCCCAUCCCCUCGCUGCCCUCCUUCCCUGCCUCCCCCUCGCCCCUGCCCAUCCCUUCCCUCUCCAGCCCUGCCCUGGACCUGCCGUGGGCCCUCUCCUUCCCUGCCCGCGCCUUCCCCCACCCCUCCUUCCCCUCGGCCCCCGCCUCGGGGGCCCAGACCUCCUCCCUCAUCAACUGAGUGGUGCCCGGCCCUGGCCGCAGCUCCAUCCUCCUCCCAACCUCCCCAGACACUCGCCCAACACCCAACCGGUGUUGGCCUUAAAGACCCAUUGUUGGAGGGCUUGUUCCUGCCCAGAGCCAUUCAGCCUUCGUGGGUAAUUAAUGACCUCUCUAAUUAGGGGAUGAGGCAGCUCCUCCAACCCUGACCACAGCCCCAGCUCCAUCCUCCUCCCUACCUCCCCAGAUACUCGCCCAACGGGUGUUGGCCUCAAAGACCCAUCAUUGGCGGGCUUGUUCCCACCUGGAGCUGUUCAGUUUUGGUGGCUGAUUAAUGACCUCUCUAAUUAGGGGAUGAGGCAGCUCCUCCAACCCUGACCACAGUCCCAGCUCCAUCCUCCUCCCUACCUCCCCAGCCGCUUGCCCAACACGCAUUCUUGGUUGGCCUCAAAGCCCCAGUGUUGGGGGGCUUAUUCCCACCCAGAGCCGUUCAGUCUUGGUGGCUAAUUAAUGAUCUCACUAAUUAGGGGAUGGGGAAGUCCCCCUCAUGCCGUGGCUCCAUCCUCUUCCCACCCUCCCCAGCUGCUCACCCAACACCCAUCCUGGGCUGACCUCAAAGCCCUGGUGCUGGGGGACUUAUUCCCACCCAGAGCUGUUCAACCUUCAUGGCUAAUUAAUGAUCUCGCUGCCGGCAUUGGCUGCUCCCCGCUGGGGUCCCCCCCCAGCUCCACACUGGGACCCCAACCUCCACCCCAGCCCCCCACUCCCCACCCCACCACUCAUCCCAGCAUCUCCCGUUGGUGUCCCCCAGAGCAUCUUCCCACCUUGCCCCUCUGCUUCCCAUUGGAUGAAGGUCCACGUCAUCACCCCCAUCCAGGUACCACCCUCUGCUCCCACCUUGGAACAUUUUGGGAGAAAAACCAGCAGAAACGGGGGUUUUCCCAUGCCACUGCAUCACCCUCUGCCCGCCAGGGAGCUGCCAUGAGGGACUUGGGGAUAUUUCCACAUCCCCGUCUCCUGCAGCGUCUCCCUGAGCUCGUCUUAUCCCACGUCAUUCCUCAGAAAUGGAGCCGGUCGGGGUUUUCGUCUUCUAUUUUUUAUUAUUUUUUUCCUUUUGGAAAGAAAAUACUUUUGGGCAAAACCAUGCAAUUUUGUGACGUCAUUUUUCAGGCACUUACUGGAAUAUUUUGGGGGGUUUUGUUGGUUUUCUUCUUUUUCCACACGGACUUUGCAAAAUCUUUCAUGUGUUUGUGGUUGGGUUUUUUUAUUAUUAUUACUGAUUUUCCUGAAUUUUUAUGUUUGCUUUUGCUCCGUCCCUCAGAGCGGGAUUCGGCGCAUUUCGGUACUAUCGGGAAAAGGCAGCAGCAGUGCUUUUGUUGCUGCCUGAAAUCCUGAUUUCUCCCAUUUCCCAAUUUCUCCCCAUUACCAGGAGAGCGAGGGCUUCUCGGGGGAAAAUAAAUGAAGAAAAUUUUAAAAAUUUAAAGAAAAAAACCACUAAAAGAAACAGAAAGGGUUACAUGCAAAAUAUAAAAGCAUCAAAAGAAAUAUAGAAGAAAAAUAAUUAAGGCUGAGAAUGACUUUUUUUCCCUGAAAGAGGAUAAAAAGCUGAAAUAAGACUUUUGGAAAAGUAGGGAAUUGCUGAAAUCUCUGGAAUUGGGAAGGUUUCAACUGAAAACAGAACAAUUCAAGAAGUGUGGAGGUGCUAUGGGAAGGACUCGUGUUUAUUGAAAAAAAUGAAUGAGUUUAAAAUACUGGCAAGAGGAACAGGUAGUAAUGUAGGUGCAAAAAAAAAAAGAGGAAAAAUAUCAAAAUAUGGAAAAAAAAUUAUAGAAAAUGAAAAAGAAGAGGAGGAAAAGAAAGCAAAGGACAUAUGGAAUAGAAAAAAAUUGGUGAUAAAAAUAGAGAAAGGGAUAAAAACAACCAUCCUAAAGAAGUACCAGAGCCUGCGUCAGGCAGCGAUUGCAGGCAGCGCCGCAGGAAGCGGGAGCCGAGCCGGCGUCGGAUGUGGCAGCACCGGGAAUUGCUGCCAGACCAUUGGAUGCAGAAAAAAAUAAGAAUUUAAAAAAAAAUAAAAUGCCCGGAGUGGAAGGAAUAGGCUCCGGGUAUUUGCUCGAGGGUUGUGAAGCUCAGAGGUGCGAUGGACGGAGGAACAGGAGCCACAGCGGGAUGCGGGAUGCGGCCGUGGGAUGCGGAGCUGCACCAUCCCCUUGCCCGAUUAAACAGCCCCUGAGGAUUGUCCCCAGCUCCGUGCGACGUGUUUUGGGGACCUGCCUGGCUCCGCGGCCAACCCCGCUGCAAAACCGGGGUGUCACCAAUGGCACAACCAUGAUGCCACUGAUGGUAGAACCAGGACAUCACAGCUGGCACAACCAGGAUGUCACCGCUGGCACAACCAUGAUGUCACCAAGGAUGUUAAUUCUGUCUUUGCGUCGCAGGGGGACCCUCCGGAUACCCCCACUGGGUUUGGAUCCCCAAUCCCCUCCAAGGGGCUGCCCUGAAGGCAGCACCAGCUCCACUUUGGGGGAAGAAACUUGUUUGAAGGAGCCCCAAAAUCUCAUGUUCUUGCCUCAGUUUUGGCCGGCGGUCAACGGGAGCUGCUGUUGGGGGAUGGCUUUUGACACCCACCUCCAAAUCACCCCAGCGAUGCACUAAUGAGUGCGCUAAUUACGUGCUCCCAUGCAGACGCUGCCCUGCCUUGGGGCUCUCUGGCCAAUUUGGGCCAAAUUAGCCCAAAAUCAAGGGCACGGUGAGAUGAUGUGGCUUGGUGGCUUGGUCACCUCUCCAAUGCUGGGCUCUGUGGAUGGGGUCACCAAGGGGGGGGGACGACAAGGUAACCCCCUCCCCAUCACCCCACAGAGCCCAGGACCUUGCAAAUGGAAAGCAGGGAAGGGGGAGGAAGAGGAGGGAUGGGGAUGAAGUCAAGAACUUCCCCCGGGGUUCAAAUAAUUGAAUUAUUUUAGGAGGACAUGGUGACCAUGCCAUUGGGUGCAGGGUCCCAAAUGGAGCCACAAGGGACAAAAGUCACCCCAAAAAGAGCAUGGAGGGCUUCAGAGAGGAUAUUUUGGGGGAAAAAACCCACACUGAACUGCGAUUUAAGUGAAAUUUAUAUAUUUUCUGGUGUUGUCCGUGCUUCCGAAACCGGCGUGGACGUGUCGCUGUGCUGCUUGUCAACGGUCCCCUCCGUGUCCGCUUUCGGGGACCGUCUCGCCUCGUCACCGCAGCUCGCGUCUUUUUUUUUUUUUUUUUUUUUUUUUUUUUUUUUUUUUGGAGUCGCUUUCUUUCCAUGAGUAGUAAUAAAUUAGAGCCUAGCUA